AUGCCGUCCAAAGUCCGUAGAAACAGCGGAGUCACUUUCUUUGUGUGAGAAAGUUUGUGUUGUGAUCCGUCAGAGCCUCUGUGUGUCCGGAUAAACCUGUCUGAAUGGACUUUGUGCUGUUCACCUUUUCUUUCUGGAUGUUUUACCUCUGACUCAUCUCUUGGUAGACUACAAAUACAUUCAAGUUAGCUUAGCAUGCUAGCUGGUUAGCACCGCGACGAUAGUCAGAGUGAGUGUUUGAUGGAGAGCAAACUGUGUUUCUGACGGAGUUUGUGUGGAGAAAAAGUUGGUGUCACUGUGUGAAAAAUGUCUAAAGUCCAAACGGUGAGAGCGCUGGUGGAGGAGCAACUUUGUCGUUCAAAAGAGAAGAACGAGCGACAACAGAAACUACUGGACGCUGUUUUCAACCCUCAGCUUCAUUUACACAGAACAGAUGCCCAGCAGCUGUUGGUGGUUAAAGAGGAGUUUCCCUCUGAGCAGCAGGAGAGGAGCUCCACUCUGGACCAAGACCAGGACCAGGAGGAGCCAGAGCUGCCACACAUUAAAGAGGAACAGGAGGAACCUUGGACCAGUCAGGAGGGAGAGCAGCUUCAGGGGCUGGAGGAGGCUGAUAUAACCAAGUUCACAUUCACUCCUGUCCCUGUGAAGAGUGAAGAAGAUGAAGAGAAACCUCAGUCCUCACAGCUUCAUCAAACACAGACUGAACAGAUGGAAACAGAAGCUGAUGGAGAGGACUGUGGAGGACCAGAACCAGACAGGAACUCUGAUCCAGAGCCACAUUUACAACCUGAUACUGGUGACUCUUCUGAACCUGAGACUGAUGACAGUGCUGAUUGGAAGGAGACCAGAGAACCUCAGUCAGGUUUGAACUGUUUGAAAAAAGAUGGUGGUCCUGUCAGAGAUUCCAGAUUUAGUGCUGGUGAGAAACAAUUUAGCUGCUCUGAUUGUGGGAAAAGAUUUGGCUACAAGUACAAUCUGAAGAGACACAUGAGACUCCACACAGGAGAGAAACCUUUCAGCUGCUCAGUUUGUAAGGAAACUUUUACAUGGAGGGAAACUUUAAAGUCACACAUGAGAUUCCACACAGGAGAGAGACCUUUCAGCUGCUCAGUUUGUAAGAAAAAUUUUACAGAGAGUAGACAUUUAAAGUCACACAUGAGACGCCACACAGGUGAGAGACCUUUCAGCUGCUCAGUUUGUAAGAAAUAUUUUACAUUGAGUGGACAUUUAAAUGUACAUAUGAGACUCCACACUGGAGAGAGACCUUUCAGCUGCUCAGUUUGUAAGAAAACUUUUACAGUGAGAGGAGCUUUAAAGUUACACAUGAGACUCCACACAGGUGAGAGACCUUUCAGCUGCUCAGUUUGUAAGAAAUCUUUUGUACGGAGUGGACAUUUAAAUGUACAUAUGAGACGCCACACAGGAGAGAAACCUUUCAGCUGCUCAGUUUGUAAAGACACUUUUACACAGAGGGGACAUUUAAAGUCACACAUGAGACUCCACACAGGAGAGAAACCUUUCAGCUGCUUAGUUUGUAAGGACACUUUUACACAGAGGGGACAUUUAAAGUUACACAUGAGACGCCACACAAGAGAGAAACCUUUCAGCUGCUCAGUGUGUGCGAAAUCUUUUGCACAAAGUGGACAUUUAAUGGCACACAUGAGACUCCACACAGGAGAGAGACCAUUCAGCUGCUUCGUUUGUAAGAAAACUUUUACAGUGAGUGAUACUUUAAAGUCACACAUGAGACUCCACACAGGAGAGAGACCUUUCAGCUGCUCAGUUUGUAAGAAAACGUUUACAUUGAGUGGACAUUUAAAUGUACAUAUGAGACUCCACACAGGAGAGAGACCUUUCAGCUGCUCAGUUUGUAAGAAAACGUUUACAGUGAGAGGAGCUUUAAAGGUACACAUGAGACUCCACACAGGAGAGAGACCUUUCAACUGCUCAGUUUGUAAAAAAACUUUUACUCGGAGUGGACAUUUCAAGUCACACAUGAGACUCCACACAGGAGAGAAACCUUUCAGCUGCCCAGUUUGUCAUAAAUCUUUUACACAAAGUGGGCAUCUAAAGAAACACAUGAGAAUCCACACAGGAGAGAAACCUUUCAGCUGCUCAAUUUGUAAGAAUUUUUUUUCACAGAGUGGAACUUUAAAGUCACACAUGAGAGUCCACAGAUGAGAGAAACCUUUCUUAAAUGUGCUGGCCGCUCGUCCUCAAAGUUUAAUCAAACUGAGGAGAACAAAGAGGCAGAGCCUCCAGCCAGCAGCCACAUGAAGAGAUCCAAACCUCUUUUUCAAUCUUUUUGAAGGACUCGAGCCUUUUUUUAAAUGCUACAAAGCUUGUAGUAACUUUCAUGAAUAUUUAUUGUGUUUGUUUGAAAUUUACUUACAUUCGCAAUAUAAUUAAACAAUACUUUAUUUUCUGUGAUGUGAUAUGAUUUUAAUAUACUUUUUGUUUAUUUUUUUUACAAAACAACAGCUCACAAAGUGAUAUUUUCAUUCAAUAUUUAAUUGUAGAAGUCUAACAAUUACAACUUUUUUUCUUUUCUUUUUUCCAGCAAAACAAAAUUAAAAAAAUUACGUUUA